GAAUUCUGAAACAUCAAACAAUUAAUAUCUACAUUCGAAAACAUACGAGAAAAAUAAAAGAGGUCUAUUCCAGCCUUAACAACGACGUCUCCAUCCUUCGUUCUCACGCUUCAACCCCUCUCUCUCUCUCUCCCCUUCCGGCACGAGAUCCAGCGACAGAUCCCUCGAGACCCUAAACCACGAGGGUUCGCAUUACAUGACGCGACCCCUCGCCAAAUCUCCCAACCCACAAUUCCUCACUCCCUCUGUUUUAAGCGCAGGAGGCUUAGCAACGGAACCAGCUCUUCUGUAUUUCACUAGGUCAUUCUAUGUUCGGGGGUGGCCUCGUGUCAUCAGUCCCGGGCAAUAGUCCACACCUUCGCAAAUCUGGAAGCAGACCCGUCGUCUUUGACAUUGGUGAGCUUGGAAAUAGUGGCGACGAAGGAUUCUUGCAUUCAUUAGAAGUGAAUGAAAUGAAGGGUGUGAGCAGUCCUUUGAGCAGCGCGGUGGCAAUAAUGCCGUCUCCUGUUGUGAUGUGGAGAUUUAAGGUACUGUUGUUUUUCAUCUGGGGUUUCAUCUGUUCCAAGAUUGGAUGGGAUUCUGUAAUGAGAAUGAGUGUGGACUUGCGAGAUCUAUUUCUGUAUGAGGCAUUUUUGUAUUAUAAUCCUCUUCUUCUAGUGACUAUGAUGGUUUGGCUUUGGGGAGUAAAUUUAUGGGUCUUUUCCCAGACUAAUGUCAAUUAUGCUAAAAUUUUUGAGCUCGAGCAAAAUCAUCUUACUUACCAGGAGAUAUGGAAGAGUGCCACCUGGAUGACAAUCAUUGUCCCAACUAGCAUGACAGCAUACCUGUAUCUCUAUUCCCAUGGAGAAGUGUCAUUGGCUGCAUCCCAACCAGUGCUCCUGUAUGCUGCUGUUGCAAUGCUGCUGAUAUUUCCUUUUGAUAUUUUUUAUUUGUCAACUCGCUACUUCUUUUUGAGGACUCUUUGGCGGAUAGUUUUCCCAUUGCAGGCAAUAUCAUUUGCUGAUUUUUUCUUAGCAGAUAUUUUGACCUCAAUGUCAAAGGUACUUUCCGAUUUGGAGCGCUCAGUCUGUAGAAUGGUCCAUCGACAGGUUGCCACUAUUGCUUGGUUUGAGGCUGAUUCUGUUUGUGGUAGCCACGCUGUUGCAAUUCCUGUAGUUCUUGUUUUGCCUUAUAUCUUCCGUCUAUUCCAAUGUCUUCGACAAUACAAGGAUAGUGGGGAGAAGACCACCCUUUUGAAUGCUUUAAAAUAUUCGACCGCAAUACCAGUGAUUUUUCUUUCAGCUCUUAAAUAUCAUGUCUUCCCUGAUAGAUGGACAAAUAUUUAUCGGCCUUUGUGGCUUCUUUCAAGUGUCUUGAACUCUCUGUACUCUUUCUACUGGGAUGUCACCAGAGAUUGGGACUUGAGUGGCUUCACUCGGAUUUUCAAGUUCAGCAAACCAAAUAUCUUCUCGCACUUGUUAUAUGGAAGGAAAUGGGUUUAUCUUUGGGUGAUAGGAAGCAAUUUGGUGCUGCGAUGUACUUGGACAUACAAGCUGUCUGCUCAUCUCCGUCAUAAUUAUCUUACUGUGUUUGCAAUCACUGCCUUAGAGAUGAUCCGACGUUUUCAGUGGGUAUUCUUUCGGGUUGAAAAAGAGUGGAAUAAGAUGAGCUCCAAGACCGAUGUUCAGCUCUCCUCCAUGAGUAAUACGUCAAACGAGGAAGACAAAUUACUUGACUCCAAUAACUACCAUGUAUAGUGUCAUUAUGCCUUAGUUAUAAGCAGAAAGAUUUUGAUGAGUUCUAAAAAUGACCUCAAUUCUUGGUCGAAAGGCUCUUUGAGCGAGAAAAAACGGGGUUUUGGAAAUCAGUUGAAAGAAGGGCUGUACCCGUUUUCUUUCGAUUAUUCAUUCAUUCACGUUGGUAGCUGGAGUUUCAAUAUGUUCAUAGCAGUAUAAGUCGGCAUCCAUAUUGCUUUCGCGGUGCUUUUCCUGCUUAUACAUACUUGCAAAUUUUAGUCAUAAAUUUGCACUGUUCUUGUCUUUAUUCAUGUGAAUCUAUAACAUUACCCUUUCAUAUUUGAAAAACGAAAUAAAUAAACAACAUUAUAUA